UUCCUUAUCUCCCAAUUCCUGCCCUUGAUCAGUUUUAGUGAGCGAAAACCUAACCAAGCUCUCUUGUGCAUCUGGUGAAUUCAUCUACAUUAUUCAAGAACAGAGUCGAUAAACAGCGUAAUAUGGACCAAGACCAGGAGCAUGAAGUGUACGGAGGUGAGAUACCCGAUGUAGGAGAUAUGGAUACUGAUUUGGAGAUGGCUAGGACUGAAGAAGAGGACCCCAGUUCCAAGGAAUUGGAGGAUAUGAAGAAGAGACUUAAGGAAAUUGAAGAAGAAGCUGGUGCUCUUCGUGAAAUGCAGGCCAAAGUCGAGAAGGAAAUGGGAGCUGGUCAAGACUCCAGUGCUUCUGCAACCCAAGCAGAAAAGGAGGAAGUUGAUUCACGGUCAAUCUAUGUUGGCAAUGUAGACUAUGGUUGUACACCCGAGGAAGUUCAACAACAUUUCCAGUCCUGUGGCACCGUAAACAGGGUCACAAUUUUAACAGAUAAGUUUGGUCAACCUAAAGGAUUUGCUUAUGUUGAGUUUGUGGAACAAGAGGCUAUCCCAAAUGCUAUCCUACUAAAUGAGUCUGAAUUGCAUGGCCGCCAGUUGAAGGUGUCGGCUAAACGGACCAAUGUCCCUGGGCUGAAACAAUUUCGUGGAAGACGGGCUAACCCUUAUUUUGGUUUCAGAGGCAGGACGCCUUUCAUGCCCCCUCCUUUCUAUGCUCCUUAUGGAUAUGGGAGGGUCCCUAGGUACAGGAGACCGAUGCGAUUCAGGCCAUAUUGAUCAUUCGCUAUUAGAUGGAUCCUCUCUCCCGACUUCAUUGUUUUAUUCCCCUUUCCCCCAUGCAUCCAGCAAUUGAAAUGCCUUAUAUUAUUGUUAUGGUCUUAAACAUCUUGUGCAAAACAUGAAGAAGAAGCGCUGGUUUAUAAUGCUAUGUCGUACCCACCCAUCCCUUCAAUUGCAUGCCGAAGAAGCAGACUUGGUGUUCAUUUUCAUUAACUCUUUUUUAGCCAUACUGUAGGAUUUAUUUGGAUAAGCAAAUACUGUUUGGUUCUUUACUGAAAAAAAUGGUAAUGAGCUACUAACUUUCUUAAGGUUUUAUUUUCCUUCUA